UUAUUCAUAGCCGCAAAAGAAACGACAUUCGUCUGUUAAACACUCCGGUGAAAAAUUAUUUGUAGCUUCUUAUUCGAAUUAGAUUGAGUGUUAAGGUGUAAUUGAAUAAUGGUUGAAUCGAACACGGAAGUGGAAAAUUCCGGAAAAUGUCAAAUUUGUGACAAAGCUGCCAAAUCUCGUUGUUCUGGAUGUGUUCAGGCAUUUUAUUGUAGUGUGGAGCAUCAAAGAGAAGAUUGGAAAAAUCACAAGCCACGAUGCGUUCCAAUGAGAAUGUGUCAUGACGAUAAAAUUGGUCGACAUUUUAUUGCAACCAGAAACAUUAAGCCGGGAGAAAUUGUUUUGAAAGAAGCUCCUUUAAUCAUUGGACCGUCACAAGUGACACCACCCGUAUGUGUAGGAUGCUUGAAGGAAGUUCGUGAAAAAAACCAUGGAGCUUGUGAAAAAUGUGGAUGGCCUGUUUGCAGUCGUGCUUGUCAAGAAAGUCCAACUCAUGCAAAUUUUGAAUGUAAAUUGACUGUCGAACGUGGAAAUAAGAUCGUAAUAAAGAAUUUUGCAUCCCCACAUCCUUCAUAUAGCUGUCUGCUACCACUUCGAUGCCUUUUAUUAAAAGAAAAUGAUACGGAACGAUGGAAAAAAGUUUUGGAAUUGCAGAGUCAUGAUUACGAUGCGGACGAUCUACAAUUCAAAUCAGAUAUGGAGCGAGUUGUUGAAUUUAUUCCUAGAUUUUUUAAAUGUAACAAGUGGACGAGGGAGGAAAUAAUAAAAAUUAAUGGAAUUUCACGUAUAAAUGGUCACGAAUUGCCAUUGACAAAUCCAUCGUGCGUUGCGAUUUAUCAUCGUGCAUCAUUUUUCGAACAUUCGUGUCGUCCCAAUUUAUCGAAGAGCUUCUCUGAAAAUAAUGAAAUUAUUUUCUGGGCACCGAACGGCAUAAAAGCUAAGGAACAUCUCACAAUUUCAUAUACUGAUGUACUUUGGGAGACAUCUAAUCGUCGUCAUCAUUUACAGCAAACUAAGCACUUUGAAUGUGAAUGUGAGAGGUGUACAGAUGUUACAGAAUAUGGAACAUAUUUUAGUUCAUUAAAAUGUCAGAAAUGCAAUGUUGGAAUGCUUGUACCAAACAGUUUGAAAGAAUGGAGUCAAGAUUGGAGAUGCACAGAUGCAAAUUGUAACAACAUUGUAACGUAUGAAAAAGUUAAUAAAUUUAUUGAGCAUGUUGGAAAGGAUCUGGCAGCGAUGGAGAAAGAAAAUGAGGGAAAUUGUAUCAAGUUUAUUGAGCAUUACUCCAAAUGGCUAUCGCCUAAUCAUUUUUAUAUAACGGAUGUUAAAGUUGCUUUAUCGCAAAUUAUUGGAGCUGGAAUUAAUGGAAUACAAAAAAUAUCCGAUGAACGUCUAAAGUUAAAGUGUAAAAUUUGCAAGGAAUUAAUUGACCUGAUUGAGAAAAUUGUUCCAAAUGAGGCACGAGUUAUUGGAUUGAUUAAAUUUGAAUUUCAUUCUUCACUCGCAGAAGCAGGUCGUCGUGCAAUGCAAGUGAAGGAUCCAAACUGUAAAGCAAUGCUUGAAGAUUCAUUAAGAUACUGUUACGACAGCAUACGUCUAUUGGGUAACGAAGCAAAGUGCUUGCCCGAGGGUAACAUUUGUAGACAAGCUAGAAUCAACGCAUCAUCGCUCGAAACUCUCAUUGGCGGUAUUCUUGGUUAGAAACUUUACUGUAUCCUGAUUAAAAAGACAUGCUCCGUUUUUAAAUAAUUUUAUGAUUCCUUCUAAAAUUUUUGAUGUCAUCGUUUGUUAGAUAUUUAUAUAGCUUUGUUUCAUUAUUAUUUCAACUCAAUUUAAUAUGUUUGUAGAAGUUCAUGAUAAAGAAAGGAAGAAAUAAAGAGAAUGAAAAAGGUGGAAGAAACUCAUGAAGAAA